AGUUAAAACUACCGCGUUGGCCGAUUCGAUCGUGCCUUAUAUAUUUAUAUUAAUGAUAAAAGUUAAUAGUGACUGUUUACUAUCAGCUUAAGCCAAGCGUAGUGCGGGGUGUUGUGUUUAAGAAUGGUAUGCUAUUGUUGAAAUACCACCAGCGUUGGAAUGUCCCGCCUUCCGAGAUUUGCACCUCCAGACCCUGAUUUCCUCAAAAAUGAUGCCUUGCACUUGGCCUACGACUUUAUUCUUUUUGAUAUGGCUUUGCAAUGAUGUUGCUUCAAAGCGGAAUCACACUUUGAAGCCCAGGGUUGUUCUUCCUGAAAACUAUGUUAAAGAGAUGCGACCUCCAGCUCGGAAGGGGCAGCCUGUCAUCGUGGAGUUCAGUAUAUAUGUUGUUGAUGUUAACUCCAUCAAUGUCGAAGAUAUGGAUUUUCGUGUGGAUAUGUUCAUAAGACAGACUUGGAGUGAGAGUCGGCUGCAGCUGCCCGAAGAUAUAUUUGAAGAGGGAGACGACCACGUCACCCUGCCUCCAGAAUUCUUCGACAAUCUGUGGCAUCCCGAUCCUUAUUUCUUGAACUCAAAAGUGACUGAAAUCGCCGAAUUGACUCAUAAGUUUUCAUCAGUGACGCUGUACAGGAAUCAGACCGUUCGAUAUUCAGCUCGGAUGCACGCCAUCAUCGCGUGCCAAAUGGAAUUUCAACUUUAUCCCAUGGACAUACAGUCGUGUCCUAUCUACAUAGAGAGCUUCUCAUAUAGCAAUCAGAAAGUGAGGUUCCGUUGGAGCGAAGCAGGGGUCACCAUAAAUCCUGAACUGAAACUGCUGCAGUACCACAUCGGGCAACCGUUGCGGCUAGAAGAGACCAACGGAUACAUGAUCGAUAAGGACGGAAACUACUCCAGACUGGUUGUGUACUUCAGGUUUGAACGUCAAAUCGGUCACCACCUCAUCCAGACCUUCGCGCCGUCGUCACUGGUAGUUAUGCUCUCGUGGUUUAGCUUCUGGCUGGAUCUAGAUGCUAUUCCUGGUCGAGUUACUUUGCUGGUUACCUGCAUGCUGACCUUGGUCACGAUGUUUACUGGAUUGAGAGCUGAUAUUCCCCCAGUUGCCUAUGUGAAGGCUUUAGAUUUAUGGAUGGCUGGUUGCAUGAUGUUCGUCUUCGCCGCCCUCGGAGAGUUCGUAGUCGUCAAGGUGCUGGACAAGCAAUACCAGAUGAACAAGAACAAAGCGCAGGAGUCUAUGCCGAGGAUCAUACCAGUGAUACGUCGUUUCUUGCAGCGUCUGAAUGGAGAUAAAGGAUCGUGUGGCACUAUUGCCGCUUGGGAAGGCUCAGGUGUCCGGUGCAGGAAGGUGGAUAUCACUUCUCCGACUUCCCCUGCAGCAGCCACUCCAGCAGUACAUCCCACUCCAUCUGCCACAACACCACAUGUGGUGGGAGUGGAAAGAAGACAAAGUAUAUUACAGGUUGCCUGGCUGGAUGCUGACACCGGACAGGAGAGAGUGCUGUGGAGAGAAAUAGACAAGCUUUCCCGCGUGGUGUUCCCUGCUUUGUUCCUGCUCUUCGUUACGAUGUAUUGGCCUGUUUUGCUGCUGAAAACAAAGGCUUCUUCAUAACGAUAUUCAUAAUUUUUCUGUCUCAUCAUCAUCAUCAUCAUCAUCAUCAUCUUCAUAACGAUAUUCAUAAUUUUUCUGUAUCAGCCUUCACAAAGCAUUAGCUAGAAUUUUAAGUAGGUACAUAACGAAAGUAUUCAUUGGAUUAAACUUUUCAGUGUAAUUAAUCGAUAAAAGUUCUAUCCCAGAAACCGUAUAGGCUAAUUUUGUCUACGGUCAGUCCAACCAGUACCCAGAGUCUAUAUGGGUUUCACUGGAUACCAAUACUACCUACAUACACAAACGUAUGAGCAGCUGGAUUGCAAUUAAGUCUAUGGAUGAUUAGCGGCAUUGAGUUGUGGUCAGGUCUGUCAGGACGGCAAUGCUAGCAAACAAAUUAAAUGAUCCAUUGAUCCACUGCUGUUUCACAAACAAACGUCCGAUACAUUUUCAAUGAAAGGUUGUGAGAGACAUUUUUGUAGAGAUUUUUGAAAGACACAAACAGAUUAUGUGGAAUUUUAUUUAUUAAUACACCGAUGGUCUCUAAGUAAUGACUCGUGUACAUGGCCAGGGAUCUUCUCUACCGAUCCUCCUCGCGUCGUUUUCCUCAUUACUGAGGGUCGAGACUCCCCCGCUGCAUCAGUUUCUCAAAUACGACUUCCCUCCAUCUGCCGCGAUCCUUUGCUUCAUGAAGGGCAUUAUGGAAAUUGAUGCUCAGAGAAGAUCGUACUUGGUCCGACCAUCUCGUGGGACUGCGUCCUCUGGGACGUUUGCCAUCUACCUUUCCUGUCACCAUCAGCUGUUCAAGAUUGUGACCCUCUUUACGAGCAAUAUGUCCGAAGAAUUCCAGCACCCUACGAAGGCAUAUAGUGGACAGUCUGGCUUUGAUAUGAAGCUCUCUCAGAAUAGACACGUUGGUGCGAAAGGCGGUCCAUGGAAUCUGUAGCAUUUUUCUCCAACACCACAUUUCAAAAGCGUCUAUUCGGUCUCUGUCGGCCUUCUUCAUUGUCUAGGUCUCCGCGCCAUAACUGAAUAUGGAGAAAACUAGCGAACUCACCAAUUUGGUUUUAGUUUUUCGCGUGAUGUUACGGUCUCUCCAUAUCUUAUGCAGCUGGGACAGCUACAAAUUCUGUGUAGGACUUUUACGGCUUUAGGACCCAGGGCUUUUAUUAUUUCCGAUGUAACACGAUCUGGACCAGGGGCUUUCCUGUAUUUAAGCGCGUCUAUAGCAGCCGUGAUCUCUGAUUCAAGGAUGGGUGGUUCUAGCGUUAACUCGCACCAAUUUGUUGUAUCUUGUGGUGAGUUGCAUUCAUGUGAGUUUCUAUAAAGAUUCUCGCAGUAAUUGCGCCAUCUCUUCGUUGUCAGCAGUUUUAACUUCUUGAAGAGGUCCGAGCUUUGCGAUCUGAACGCAUGCUCCUCUACUUCUUCACAGUUGCGCUCAACAAAGUUGUUUUUAUCGUGCCGACAUUGUCUUUGGAUCAUUCUAGAAAGCUCCGAGUACUUUACUCUGUCUGCUGGAUCUGAUAAACCACGGCCUCUAAGCUCCUUCCUAUCCUGUAUGAGUUUUAAGGUCUUAUCUGACAUUCAGAUCUGUUUAGGGCAGGGUGUAAGAGGGUGCUUGUUGCUAACCAUUUCGAAUGUCUCAUUGAUCUGGUCCUUAAGGUGUCUCCACUGUUCGUCCGAGUCCGCGUUUGCUAAUGGAGAUGUUUGGACAAUCGCUGCGUCAAGUGCACAUUGGAACUGCUUUUGUUCUGCGGGCGUUAACGUACACAUAGGCUUGAGGCACUUUUUCUCUACCGAUAGAAUCCAAUAAAUCUUAGGGAUAACCAGUUCACUGCGGCUGCAUCAGCGAUAUUAGUUAAUUGUAAGCUACCGACUGUGUCCUUGGCAAUAGUGAUAUUUGAAGCAGUCAGCGCAAAGUGGCCUAAGCUUACCAUAGUUAGUAUAGAGAUAAUGAGGUUUGAAUUUACUUUUACACUGCUUCAGAGGAAAAAACAAUACGCGCAAAAAUAAUGUUUACAAAGCAAUCUGUUAUCUAUGGGUAAAACUAGUUUGUUUUUUCCACCUAAGCUGAUGGCCUUGAGAGGCCAUUUCAGCGUAACCCUAACAAGUAGGUGAGCUCGCGGGGCUGAAACCUGACAAAUUUGCUAACACUAUCUUCAGCAAAAGAAUCUACCACCGGUUCGCAGAAUCUACCACCGGAUCGGAAACGCAACUCACUGAGAAGAUCCGGCGAGAAACUUAGUGGGCUGUGUCUAUGGGUUAAUUUACUCGCCGAGCUCUUCGUCGCAAGCAACGGGUUCGACGAGAACGAUCACCGGUGCUUGAGGUUGAGGAGGGAAGCACCGUUAGUGGAUCGGGAGGAUCCGAAAUGGCGUGUAAGACUAGGAAUAGGCCGGUUUUGUAUAAAAAUUUAUUAUUUUUUAAGUAAAUUGCAAUACAUAAGUACGAAUAUGAAAAAUUGUGGGUUAGGCCACUUUUACGUUGACGGUCUCAUUUAUACGUGACGGUGCUCACUUACAGGUCAGCUUCCCGUCCGUCUGUGUAUAGUAAUUGAUAAGAGAAAACUAUAGACGAAAAUAUUUUAAUUUGUAUAUUUUGAAUGAAAUAUUUGAAAAGAAAAGUUAGUUUUUAGUCUAUUGCUAUUUUUGUUUUCUUCAUCAAAAUUUAUUAAUAGCUUUGGAGUUUUGAUAGCUAUAAUUUUGUAUGUAGGGACCAUAAAUGAGCACAAAGAAUCAAUGCAAUAGGUAAUUUAAUAAUAAAUAAAAAAUAUUUUUAGAUAGUUCGAAGUGCUUUAGUAUAAUAGUUAUUUUAAAUCUUUUGAAUCGUCUAACUUUAUCACAACGAAUCAUUGAUUUCAUAUAAGCGUUUAAGACCCUUUGAAAUUUUAUAGAGCUGAAGCAGUUUGCCUUUUAUAAUAAUAUGAAACGUAUCUAAACUAAAAAUAUUUUUUUUUGGUAAAAAUAUGCUUUGAGUAUUACAGCUUAAAAUAAUUUUUGUUACAUUUUCAGAUGUUCGUUAAGAAAUUAUUCGAUGAUGUAAAAAUAUUAGACGUGUGUGGAUAAUUCAGAAUUAAUUUUCAAUAAAUAGGGUAAUAGUUCAGGUAAUAGUUAUACUUUUUUUUGUUUGUUUCAAAUUUUAAUGAAUAUUUGAUAUUUCGACAAAAUUAUAAUUCUUAAUUGAAACGAUAAUAUUGUUUGUAUUUUCCGAAAUUAAAUAAGGUGCUUUUAAACCUCAUAAAGAUAAUAACUAAAUAUUGUACUAUCGUGUUGCAUUCACAUUAAGCUUUAAAAAUUGUGAUAGAUUAUUAUAAAAUAAACAGAUAAUUAUUAAUAUUGUAAAUAUAUAUUGUUAUGUUAUAGUAUUUAAAUUCAUAGUAUUUUUUUAAUAUGUAUGAAAAUACAUAAACUAACAUAAUAUGUUCUUUGUAACAAACCAGUGAUUACUACAUUAUUUUUAUGACAAAAUUAAAAUCACAAUUGGGAAAAUGUAUUAUGUGUUCCGUUUGACGUCCGAAGUCCAUUAUGAGAGUACAUCGUAUGAUUUCCACUGCAGGUCGCUAAAUUUGACUACUUCCGUUUCCUAAGUCCCGCCUACAGCGCCCUCUAUAACGUCUGGAACCGAAUCAACAAGCAAAGACAAGCCGCCAUAUUUGUCAUUGUUGCGUCGUUUUUUCCCACGUGUAGUCGUUAAUAUUUUAAGAAGUUAGUAAUUUAAAA